AUGGGUGACUUGAUAGCUAAUUGGGAUCUUAACUGGAAAGAAGAGUUCUGGCAAAACCCCUGGGACCUGGGGGGCCUCAUCGUGAUUGGCUUACUCAUCACCACGGUCUUCCUGUUUGUUCUGUUUGCUAUUGUGUUUGGUUUACUUCCUCCAUUAGAUACUUCUGGCAUCUGUGAAAAGGAGGCAGUGUCUGAUGUCCUGGGGGUUGAGAAGGCGUCUGACUCCCUGAGGGCUGAGCAGAUAUCUGGCUCCCUGGGGGCUGAGCAGACGUCUGGCUCCCUGGGGGCUGAGCAGACGUCUGGCUCCCUGGAGGCUGAGCAGACGUCUGGCUCCCUGGAGGCUGAGCAGACGUCUGGCUCCCUGGGGGCUGAGCAGACGUCUGGCUCCCUGGAGGCUGAGCAGACGUCUGGCUCCCUGGGGGCUGAGCAGACGUCUAGCUCCCUGGGGGCUGAGCAGGCGUCAGAAGAUGCAGACUGA